CAUACAGUGUGUCUAUAUGUGAGACAGGGAGAAGAGAUCGAGGACAUCUCUGAUCCAUGCAAAGAGCUUUAUCUACCCGCCCCCCCAAAAAACACUUCACCACUGAACAUCUGGAUCGCAGUGCGCUCCCGUGUGCACAGCCAAUUAAGAACGAGCAAGCAAUUACUUUUUGUGCGGAUCCGGACAUGCGCUGAUCUGUCACCAUAUGAAGUUUCGAAAAGACACGUGUCGUUCAGGCUAUUUCUUGAGCCUUUCUGAGAUUUUUCAAUACGUCUCUUCUGUGGAUUACACCAGGGUGUUUGGAGCUUAAGGACAGAGUGCGUCAAGCGAGCGCAUGCAUCCAACAAGUGGAUGAUUGACUCUGCUAGCAGCAGGCAACCAGCGGAACUAACAAUACAUGAAUCCAGUGGACUCGUAACCUACAUUUUCUAAAACAGUUGUUGGGUUCACAUCAGAGACAAAUGAGCCCCACUAAUCAGCUCAGAUGUGGAGCUUGUCUGAAGCUGUUGGUGAUGUAGCCGUUUUGUGCGCAACGUCUCGGUUUUAGGUAGUGUCCCUUUCUCUGCGACUUUUUUGUUUCCCAAGCAUUAAAUUAAUCUGCAAUGAGGUAAGACACCCCCUCAGUUUUCCUUCUCUUCAUUUACUGACCAAAGCUGACAUUAACGCGCUGCGGAAUCCACCGCUUCGCGCCUCAUUCCUCUCCCCUCAUCCAUGGACUCGCUCCUCCGUUCCCUCGGUGACCGUGGGGAAAGUUAGGAUCUUCUUUGUAGACGUUUCUUUAAUGACGAGGGUGCAGGUGUCAAGCAAAGGUUGCAGUCAUGCCGAUGCAUCCAGUCACCUCCACGUUGAUGUACCGGGGCAUCUGCACCAUCCCCGACAUUCUCUACAGCGCCCCGGUUAACCUGCCCGAAGACGAAGUUGAAGAAAUCCGGGAAGCCUUUAAAGUGUUCGAUCGUGAUGGGAAUGGGUUCAUCUCAAAGCAGGAGCUGGGCAUGGCCAUGCGCUCCCUGGGCUACAUGCCAAAUGAGGUGGAACUGGAAGUCAUCAUUCAGAGACUGGACAUGGAUGGUGAUGGCCAGGUGGACUUUGAGGAGUUUGUUACUCUCCUGGGUCCAAAGCUGACAGCAGCCGGAUUACCAGACAAGUUCAACGGCACUGACUUUGACUCAGUAUUUUGGAAGUGUGACAUGCAGAAGUUGACAGUGGAGGAGCUGAAGAGGCUUCUGUAUGACACCUUCUGUGAUCAUCUUUCCAUGAAAGACAUCGAGAACAUCAUUAUGACAGAGGAGAAUCAUAUAGAGAACCCAGAGGACUGCCAGGUGGAUAUAGACAGCUCCAGCCCAACGCAGCAAGUCAAGCAAACCUGUGUGCGGAAGAGCCUGAUAUGCGCCUUUGCCAUCGCUUUCAUCAUCAGCGUCAUGCUCAUUGCAGCCAAUCAGGUGCUGCGAAGUGGAAUGAAAUAGGAGCCGUGGUAUUUUUGUGGCCUUGACCUCCACCUAAAGGCUACCCUACAGAUAAAUGACUAAGGAAAAAGAGCUUAAAAAAAAAAAAAAAAAAAAAAAAAAAAACAGACAAUUACACAGCUGCAAAACAGAACAACUGAUGACUGCAGAGCAACUGGAGCCACCAAGGACACAUGUGCAGGAUUUUGUCUGGGAGACAGAGAUGAACAGACAGCUUCAAGGACAACAGGACCGCACAUAUAGAGACAGCUGUGUGUUUAUACUGGACAGCUGACUAUACAUAUCAAUCUUCGUAAAACAACCUUGAGUACUCAUUAGCUAUGUGCAUUGAGCAGUGUUGCAUUCAGUAUGGUGGCAGCUAUAGAGAGAAGUGUAGUGACUGUCCAGUUUUGUAUUUGUCUAUUGUUCCAUGUGGUUUAUUAUAAAACAGUAGGGAGUGUCAGUGAGAUAUUGUCAGAACAUUGGAAGAAAUGUAUUACUGAGUUUGGAAAAUGUAUUAUGCACAAGGUCUGGAGAGUGUGAUGCUCUACUGUGCAACAUUGUUCAAAACCACUUGGGAAAACUAAUAACUUUGUAAGACACAGAUAAUAGGGAAUGUUUUCAGGGAGGUGGUUGUGACUGUGUAUUCAGUUUCACUCAUUCAUAGUCUGCAGAGCUUCAGUCUGAGCAGGAUGGAGCAGGGUGAAGGAGGUUAACUGAUCUCAAAAGGAGGGCGCUGAGGUCUGAAUGGACAGGUAACUAUCUGGAAAGUGACUGGAUCUGCAGUCGACUCUCUCUGUUCUGCAGGCCUCAGAGGAUUACCAUCAUCUAUGCAUGAAGUGCAUGGAUUUAUACUGUUGUCUUGACAUAUUUGUAAUAGCUUUUAUCAAUGUAGUUAUCAUUAUGACUGUGUAACACAACUGUUUUAAAACCAACAUGAUAACUGUGAGCAAGAUGUGUGUUGUAAGGAAUGAGCAGUGAUAACAAAAAGGAAAGCAUCUAACUGCAUGAAAAAGAAGGGCUGCUUUAGAAUAAGUUCGUAAAAAAAAAAAAAAAAAAUCCUUUAGGCUAGCUAAGCUAUGGAAGUUUUGCCUUGCUCAGGCUUGAUUUUCUCUCACUACCACAGGACAGUAAAUAUCUUCAAGAAAGUGUCACUCAACCAUUUAUGGAAUAUGCAUUUAAACUGAUCUGCUUGGUAGUGGGGAUGUAGAAGUGAAGGAAUGUACUUUUUUUAUCCCAUCUGAAUAUGUUGCUGUAGAGCAAUAACUGUAUGUAAAAAAUAAACAUCUCACUAUGCUUUUUCAGACAGACAAAUCUUCGUUAUUAGUGGACCUACUAAUUGUUGACAAAAUUUCUUUUAUAGCACUUAAACAACAAUUUUGGCAAUAGAGAAGA